GGCGGGAAAGCGGCGGCUGUAGCGCGUCUUCCCGGACGCUGAGGGGCCGGAGGCGGCGGCGGCGAGUCCCGGGCUGGCCGCGGGCCCCACCAUGGACGCGGCCGAGGUGGAGUUCCUGGCCGAGAAGGAGCUGGUCACCAUCAUCCCGAACUUCAGUCUGGACAAGAUCUACCUCAUCGGGGGCGACCUGGGGCCUUUCAACCCCGGCUUACCAGUGCAGGUGCCUCUGUGGCUGGCGAUCAACCUGAAACAGAGACAGAAGUGUCGGCUGCUCCCCCCCGAGUGGAUGGACGUGGAGAAGUUGGAGGAGAUUCGGGAUCAUGAACGAAAGGAAGAAACUUUUACCCCUAUGCCCAGCCUUCACUACAUGGAGCUCACCAAACUCCUCUUAAAUCAUGCUUCAGACAACAUCCCGAAAGCAGAUGAGAUCCGGACCCUGAUCAAGGACGUGUGGGACACUCGCAUAGCCAAGCUCCGGGUGUCUGCUGAUAGCUUCGUGAGACAGCAGGAGGCACACGCCAAGCUGGAUAACUUGACCUUGAUGGAGAUCAACACCAGUGGGGCUUUCCUCACACAAGCGCUCAAUCACAUGUACAAACUCCGCACGAACCUGCAACCUUCUGACAGCUCCCAGUCUCAGGACUUGUAGGCAGAGACUGGUUUGUAGAGGCCCGUGUCUGCCAGCAGGAGGCUCACCGGGUGGCCUGAGCGCUCGGGACGUGACAGAGGUACUCACAUUUCCAGAGUUCUAGAACUACUUCUGAAUGUAUGCAAAAAACUGCAGUGAAUCAAGGGAUGGGUUCAUAACCUUGUUGGCAAGCAACAGGCUUGUGCUUAGUCCUCGAGACAUUCUGUAAUUCCAUGUCUGUAUCUGGGAGCCAGCUGUCCUUUCAUGGGGAAACGAGAAAAGCAUUGGCAGAACGAAUGAUUUCCCUAGCAGAGCUCUGGGUCUCCUGCACGGGACUGUUGUGUGCAGGUGAGUGUUCGGUGCCGUCCGGUGUUGCUUUUAAGACGGAGAUGUAGCAGGAUGGUAAGAUGGAGAUGUAGCAGGAUGGUAACGUGGCCUCGGCCAUUCUUCUCUCUUCUUGACCCUCAUCUCUGGGGCUAAAUUUAGUCUGCUACAGAGGCUCUUCACACGGAGGAGGACAGCAGAUGAGUGGCGAGUGACAGCAACCCAUAUUUAUCAUCUAAGCCCUGAUACACAAUAAAGAUGGAAUCAACCCACA